AUGCGCCUGUCCAGUACAGGCGCUUUCCUCAGAGCUCUGCGAGAUGCCCGCAUAAAAGCCUUCCCUGAGCAAUCUGUCAGCCAGUCGAAUGAGAUCGAUCCCAAAAAGACCCAAGCCCUGUCCGAAGAGAGCCAGCAGGAGAAUAAUCAUGCUCAGUUUCUAGCUUCACAACCACAACAUAAGAUCAUCAAGGAUGCAGCAACCUCCAGGGCAGGUGUCAAUAUUCUGGGGCGUCCAUAUGUGUUUGAUAGUACCACAAAUGUGACAGAGUCUAUACUUGGCCUUGUUGGUCGCAAGCUGUACGAUACUCCAAACCACCCUAUUGCUAUUACAAGAAAGUUGAUACAGAGUGUCUUCCGUCCACCUCGCUUCGAGCAUCACACCGCUGCCGACCCUGUCGUCUCCACAAACGAUAAUUUUGAUGUCCUUGGCUUCCCGGCAGACCACCCUGGCCGAUCGCGAACAGACACCUACUACGUCGAUUCCAAGACAGUACUACGUACACACACCUCAGCCCAUCAACAUGCUGCUUUUCGAGGCCUAAGGCACAGAGGAGAUAGUGGCUACACCAUAUGCGCGGAUGUCUAUCGUCGGGACAGCAUCGACCGUAGCCAUUUCCCUGUCUUUCACCAGAUGGAGGCUGCAUGUGUGUGGAAGUUACGCCCACCUAAAGAAGGUAUUCAUACACGCCUACAGCAGCAGGACGCAAGAGCACAUCACAUUCGAAGUAACACUGAAGGAAUACCGAGACACGAUCUGGAAAUAAUCGACGAGGCAGGUUCCUACGAUGAUCAAACAAACCCUGUUCAAAUUGUUCAUGAUCCAGACGAGGCGCAACUCGUUGUGGAAAACCUCAAGAGGAGUCUGGAAAAUCUGGUACAGAAAGUCUUUGUGGCAGCCCAAGCUGCGCAGCCAGACGUCAAACACGAACCGCUUAAAGUACGUUGGAUAGAAGCGUACUUCCCCUUCACCAGUCCUAGUUUCGAGCUCGAGGUCUUUUGGCAAGGCGACUGGCUCGAACUGUUGGGAUGCGGCGUGACCAAGCAGGAGAUUCUCGACAAUGCCGGCCUCCGCGAUCACAUAGGCUGGGCGUGGGGUCUUGGUAUCGAACGACUGGCCAUGGUUUUGUUCGACAUUCCAGACAUCCGACUAUUCUGGUCUCAGGACGAGAGGUUCCUAAAGCAAUUCAAGCAAGGUCAAAUUACACGUUUUAAGUCCUUCAGCAAAUAUCCACCAUGUUACAAGGACAUUUCCUUUUGGGUCAGGCCAUCACCUGCCGCUGCGUCUCCCAUUGGGGCGCAGUCUUCCUCCGGCGCUGCUGCAGCAGCUGGAGGCGACGCAACAAAAGCGUCCCCUGCCGAUACUCAGCCCGCUGCUUUCCACGAAAACGACAUCAUGGAGAUUGUACGUGACGUGGCAGGCACUCUUGCCGAAGACGUCAAACUUGUCGACGAAUUCGUCCAUCCGAAAACUGGAAAGAAAAGUUUAUGUUAUAGAGUCAAUUAUCGAAGUCACGAGCGAACACUAACUAAUGAGGAGACCAACGACAUGCAUGAAAAGGUAACACGCAAGGUAGCAGAAUUACCAGUCGAGAUAAGAUAG